UGGGCCCCCUCCGUCGGCCUUGGGAGCGGGUGCGCAGGUGUGGGGCCAGCUCUGAGGGUCUGCACCCGCAGCUCUUUCAAGUUGUUCUUGGAGCUGGAGCCGCAGGUCCGGGACAUCAUCUUUAAAUUCUACGAGUCCAAGUACGCCUCGUGCCUCAAGAUGCUGGAUGAGAUGAAGGACAACCUGCUCUUGGACAUGUACCUGGCUCCCCACGUCAGGACCCUCUAUACCCAGAUCCGCAACCGCGCCCUCAUCCAGUACUUCAGCCCCUACGUGUCUGCUGAUAUGCACAAGAUGGCUGCGGCCUUCAACACCACCGUGGCGGCCCUGGAGGACGAGCUGACGCAGCUCAUCCUGGAGGGGCUCAUCAACGCCCGCAUCGACUCCCACAGCAAGAUCCUGUACGCUAGGGAUGUAGAUCAACGCAGCACCACGUUCGAGAAGUCCCUGCUGAUGGGGAAGGAGUUCCAGCGUCGUGCCAAAGCCAUGAUCCUGCGGGCGGCCGUGCUGCGCAACCAGAUCCAUGUCAAGUCCCCUCCCCGCGAAGGGAGCCAAGGGGAGCUGACGCCGGCCAACAGCCAGUCGCGAAUGAGCACCAACAUGUGAGAGCACCCAACAGCCUCCGGGACAGACGGUCUGUGCCCACCCCCUCCCUCCUCCUCGGACUUGGACACGUGGGCUUCCCAUCACUUGAGAUACUUCUGGAGGUGCCACCUGUGACCCCCACCCCCCCGGGUCUCCAUGUCUAGCUUCUUGUGCUCCUUUCACCCUGUCGUGCCCUGUGCUGGGGGCCCUGGCCACACGGACUGCUGGUCAAGGCCCUUCCCGGAAAGACCUGCGGGGCUCACCUGUGCAGCGCGCCCAGAGCCCUCGCCCAGUGGCACUGCCUCCCCACCCCUGCAGACGUCCCACCUCCAUCCAUUAAAGGGCCGCCUGAGAACAUG